AUGACCGAAUCCCGAGCCAUAGAAGUGAGCUUCUAUGAAUCGGUAUGGGGAAAUGAGGGCUCGCUGAGAGACUUCACUGCUUUAAAGCGCCUAUCCCUGUCCAUCAACUUCCUGCUGUACUUUACAACAGAAGUCAAGAGCGGUCUGGGCGAGUUCGGGGAGGAUGAGAAGAAUCUGACACGCAACGUCUCGGUGGGGGGCAUGUCUCGACAGCACGCGGACUGGGACGAGCAGGUUGAUGCCCUGAUAGCAGCCAUCGAAGAAGGGAUAUUCCCACACCUCAAGGAGGUCACUGGGGUCGACAGAAAGAUCCCGAGCUCGAUACAUGGCACCCAUCAAGAUCGAUACGCGACCAUUUGGUCUCUUAGUGAGAAUGGAUAUGAGACAGAUGGUGUCAUCGAGGCCCGAGAGCGUGGGGACGUGGACUACACAACGGGCGAGAAGGCCUUUUCCAAACACAUGAAUAGUGACAUAUUUUCUUCCGCCAAUGAGCCCAAAUGA